CGGCAUUGCUCCAAACAUUGUGCAAUAAUAUUUAACAGACAGAAAACCUGUUUCUUGUUUCAGGAUUCAGUUGAGAAUGGCGGGAGACCGGCAGAAUACUGAACUUGAAUCCUAUAGUUGUGACGAGGAUGAAGACCUAUUGACGGGAUUUGACGAAGAAACCUUCUCAGAUAUUGACAUUACUCGUCUAUCCACUCUACCGGAGCUCCUGGUCAGUGACGAGAUGAAUCAAACUGAAACCCUUGACGAGGAGCGUGAGAGCCUCGCGUGCACCGAGACCGGAAGUCAGAUUGCGCGCAGUAUUAUUUCGAAUAUCUUCCGGAAAAUUGACGUAAGAAAUUAUAUCGGAGAAAGCCUGAAUCCCUCCGAUGAAAAGACGGAGGUGAUUGAAAUGUUGAGUAAUCAGGUGAUGAGUAGAGUAGGAGAGAAGGAUAAGAUGAGCAGUAUUCAAACCACCUCAACGGAUCCGGAUUCUGUAGUUCAGUCUCCGAAAACUGUUGAGCGAAUCUCGAAUUGGAUCAACGAUUUGCAGAGCAACGUUAGUCUGGACGGAUACAUAUCGUAUUCGUCCCCGGUGACAAUUAAAAGUCGAAGUUCAGCAUCAAAGAAAAGUUUCAACAUUAUGUCCAUUGGAUCAAAGGAUGAAGACGUUUACUCUGAUCGGGAAGAGGAGGAUGAUCAACCUUCAGGGUACACUACUCUUCUCACACCCAGUAGUAGGUUUGAUGUCAGCUGUUUCGAGUCUCCAAAAAUCAGGUUGGAAGCUCAUAGAUUGAACAGCUCCAUCAACUCCUUCAGCUCCUGGUUGAGCAGGAAGGAUGAGGAGGAGGAGAAGAUGGAUUUAAGACAUAGAAAGCAAACUCAAGCUCUUGCUAACCUUCAGUACAAUAAUCCAGAGAAACAAGGUGACGAAUUCAUGCUUUUAUCAUGCUGGGUGUUUUCACAAAAUCUUGCGUUUUUGACUGGGAUGAUUUUCUUCUGAAAUUCAAAAUUAUUU